AUGAAACGUUCUAGUCACGUCACGUUCUCAGUCGAAAGAAGUAAAUCUUUUGGGAGACGAGGAAAGUUACUAAUGAUACAACUGCAACUACCAAUAAAUUCGAAAAAAAUAUGUAUGAAAUUUAAAUUUAACUAUGUAUCACGUAUAUUUGUUGAGAAAGAACUAAAAAAGCUUAAGCGUCAAAAGUCAGCUGGUUUGGAUAAUCUUCCGCCAGCUUUAUUAAAGGACUGUGUAUCUGCGAUUGCUGAACCACUGUAUUAUUUAAUCAACUUGUCAUUAGACAACUCAGAAGUACCAUUAGAUUGGAAAAACGCACAGAUCACUCCCAUCUUUAAAUCAGGAUCACCAUCUGAACCAAAUAACUACCGACCAAUAUCUAUAUUACGUAGCUCCACGGACAUAGCUGCAACGUUAUUUACUGAUAACAUCAGAAAAGAGCUAGAUAAAGGAAAUUUAGUUGGUGCAAUCUUCAUUGAUUUGUCGAAAGCUUUUGACACUGUUUCACAUAGCAUCUUGCUGGAAAAGCUUCGUGCAUAUUGGAAUGGUUUACCCACUACCUAUUCAACCGUACACAACAGGUGGUUAUUGAUACCAUCAGAUCUAACACUGAGAAUAUAA